AUGAUGAUGAUGACGUUGAAAAGUCCGUGCAGAAUUCGCGCCGUUGAUGUUAAGAUGGAAGGAGGGAAGCGAACAUCACAUGCAGCAGCUAGGCUGAUAUGCAUAAUAUUCAUUGUCAUUAUUGAGUUCUACACAUGUGUUGAAACUAGAUGUCCGAGAUGUCCGUCCAGUCAUGGUUUGGUCAAUUGCGCUCUCUACGUACAAAGCAACUGUGUUGCCGUCGAUGUCAAUGUCCAGAUACGCGAAAUUCGGGUUGCAAAGUGCGAUGUAACCAUUGUCGUCAACGGAAAGGCGCCGUUUCCAGUAGUGCGGAGCAAACAUGGAACUCAAUGCCAUGAUCAUGAAUUCGUAUAUCACAAGGAAUCAUCUGUAACUGAGGCACCUACAUCUGUAACUGAGGGACCUACAUCUGUAACUGAAGGACCUACAUCUGUAGCCGAGGGACCUACAUCUGUAGCCGAAAGACGAGCCCCCACAUUUUGGCACAGAAUUCAAUUGUCACUCAGUGAUGUGGGAACUGCUGAGGGACCUACAUCUGUAGCUGAAGGACCUACAUCUGUAACUGAGGGACCUACAUCUGUAACCAAGGGACCUACAUCUGUAGCCGAGGAACCUACAUCUGUUGCUGAGGGAUAUAGAGCUACAUCUGAGCCCCCCACAAGUUGGCACAGAAUUCAACAAUCACUAAGUGAUGUGGGAACUGGAUUUCUGGCUUGGGCAGUUGCAGUUACAUCAUUAAUCAUAUUUUUUGGGCUGAGGAAACUUGUAAAGUUUUUGAUAAAUCGCUGCUGCCCGGAACUUAACAUUUCGGAUAUACAUUUGUUGUCACCAUCAUCAUACACAACUUCAGCAGACACAGACACACCUCAACAACCUAGACAACAAGCCGCUCAGCAAGGACAACACGCCCCCGCUCCCCAGCCAGGACAACAAGCCCCCGCUGUUCAACCGGCACAACAAGCCCCCGUUCCUCAGCCAGGACAACAAGCCCCCGCUGUUCAACCGGCACAACAAGCCCCCGCUCCCCAGCCAGGACAACAAGCCCCCGCUGUUCAACCGGCACAACAAGCCCCCGCUCCUCAGCCAGGACAACAAGCCCCCGCUGUUCAACCGGCUCAACAAGCCCCCGCUCCUCAGCUAGGACAACAAGCCCCCGCUGUUCAACUGGGACAACAAGCCCCCGCUGUUCAACCGGCACAACAAGCCCCCGCUCCUCAGCAAGGACAACACGCCCCCGCUCCACAGCAGGGACCAACUACUAGAAGCAAAACAGCAAGAAAGAAACUAAUGUUUGAAAGUCAGUAAGAUUUAAUAUUUUGAUGAAUGUAUAGUCUGUACUUUUAUGAAGUAUGAAAAUUUGAAAUUUUGAUGACGUUGUAUCAAGUAAUUUUUUUAAUGAAUGUACAUGUAGUACAAUGGUAUUGUUUAAUUAAGGACAUUGACUCGUUAUUUUUUCUGUUGUGUUUUCCUAGGGUUGCUUUUUAUGUUUUUUUUUGUAUUUUUUUUUAAUUUUUAUUUUAUGCGACAGUUUGUCUUUUACUUGAAUACUGAUGAAAGGAAAAUUUUAACUCCUGUCUUUAUUUGUUGAUUAGUAUUAUGAUUUACACAUGACAGUGAUUAUUUGGUGAUUUUUGCCAUGCGCAAUUGAUGUUAAAUGAUGUUUAAGCUUUUUUAUUUUUUUAAAACUGAUAAUUGUGAUUUACACCUAACAUUGAUCAUUUGCUUAUUAUAAUUGUGAUGUUUAAGUUAUGACAUUAGGGUUAAUUGGUGUAGAACGUAUUCCUAUAGAAUAAUAUUUAAUAUCCAAUAUUUAUAGAUUACAAUCCUUAAUAUUAUUUACCUGAUAUACAAUGUGGGUUUUAAAUAUUUUUGAACAUUUGUGAAGCUAGAAAUUGAAUUUAUUGAUAUAAAAGUUGUCUUAAAGAAAAAGUUUGUACAAGGUUAAUAUUAAACAUGUUUAGUGCUAUUUAAAGAUUUUUGUCAUUAGACCAGUAUUUUUGUUUACUUUGUUUUUUCCCUAAUGUCAUUUCUUAAAAAUAUGUUAAGUAUUAAGAAAUACUUAAAAUCUAUAUUACAGGAAUUUUGUUAAUAAAAAGUAUUCUAUUUUGCUUUUUUUUUUAUUGUUUUGAAUUGAAAUAAAUUUAAGGUAGCUCUCUACAUCAAAUUUUUACUUCAUGACUUGUCGCAAUAUUGUUAGGUAACCUUGAUUUCCCUGUUCAAAGAUGGACAGUUGCCUUCAAUUAUUUCAUAUGAAUUUUUUAGCAAUUAAGAGAGAAA